UUUGCACUUGUUGGUUCUAACGGGAUUCCAACAUGGCUAAAUACGUAGGCCCAUGCUUGUUUCUGGGAUUGGCUGUGAUAUGCACGGUCAUCGCCGUAUCUUCGGCGCGAGAUGUCCGAAGUAUAUAUGGAGAUUUGGAGGUGGCCGGUACUCAUCAUCAUCACCACGGUCAUCAUCAUGAGCAUGGUGGCGGUCACGAGCAUCAUUCUCAUCACCAUGGAGAACACGGUGAAGAGGGCCAUAAAGGUCAUAAGGGCCAUCAUCACCAUCAUCAUGGAGAACAUGGCCAUCAUGGUAAGGAACAUCAUGAGGGCCAUCAUCACGAGCAUGGCGGCCAUAAGAAAGGUCAUCACGACGAGCACGACGAGCACGGCCAUCAUCACGAGCACGAACACGGCCAUAAAGAGUCGAAAUUCGGCCAUGGAAAGGGUCAUAAGAAGGGCGAGAAGACUCAUGGCUAUCAUCACAAAUCCCACAAAGAUGAAUUCCACAAGGAACACAAAUUCUAUGAUGAUCAUCAUAAAGGCGGUCACCAUGAGAAACAUGGUGAUCAUCACGAACAUCACCAUGGCAAGGAGGGUCACCACAAGAAGGGCGGACACCAUCAUUCUGGGCACCACGAAGAUCAUCACGGUAAGAAGGGUCACCAUGAUAAAGGACAUUACGAUGAAGAUCACCAUGGUCAUCAUGGCAAACAUGGACACGAAGAGCAUCAUCAUCAUCACGAAGAUCAUGGAAAGAAGCAUGAACAUCAUGGCGGCAAAAAGCAUGGUUAUCAUCAUGGUCAUCACGGCCACCAUCAUCAUAUAGUUAUCAUGUUACCUCUACGCCGUACAUUGCCAUUGAUAACAAUUCUUGUGGCAAUUUAUGUUGCCACUAAUUGCGUGACCACCGCACGUGAAAUUAUCAGAAAUUACGACGAUCUUCAAGUAGCCGCCAGUCAUAAGCAUGAAAGUGGCGGUGGGGAGGAGCAUCAUUCCCAUCAUCAUCAUGAACAUGGCGACAAAGGUCACAAGGGUUAUAAGCAUCACCAUCAUCACGACAAGGGUGAAAAAGGACAUCAUGAUAAGGAGCAUCAUCAUGGACACCAUGACGAGCACGGAGGACACAAGAAGCAUCAUCAUCAUGACGAUGGUUAUCAUGAUGAGCACCAUCAUGGCAAAAAGGGGGAAAAGGGUCAUAAGUUCCAUGAGAAGGGACACUAUGGCAAAGGGCACAGCACUCAUGGCCAUCACGAGGUGAAGAAGAAAGACGAGUACAAGAAGGACAAGGAAUUCUUCGACGAACAUCACGAUCAUGGCCACCAUGACCAUCACGGUGGUCAUCAUCACGAACACGGACACAAGAAGGGUGGCCACUUUAAGAAAGGACAUCAUGAUCAUCAUCAUCACGAGGGUCAUCAUGGUAAGAAGGGUCAUCAUGAGAAAGGCCACCAUCAUCACGAUCACAAAGGACAUAAGGGUCAUCACGAUCAUGAUGAGCAUCACCAUCACCAUCAUCAUCAUGGCAAGAAGGGUGGCCACGAAGAUCAUAAGAAGUGGGAUUACAAGAAGGGACAUUAAAAUUGGUUGUUUCUCAGGAGAUACCACCAGCUGCUUUUAAAUAGAAUUCUGUUACUCGCUUUCGUUCCUAUUACUCGUGUUCUUCGUCAUAUUAUGCAAUAAUCCAGCAAUACAUAUAUAUACUCUAUAUCUGUGUUAAUUGUUAAUCAUGCAUACAUCGUUGAAAUAAAGUAACAUC